UUGGUGCUUGAACACAAAACAACCUGCUAGGUUCCAUGACAGUGGACGAAUGUCCGCUCGUAGUCAAUCAGCUGACAUCACUGUCACUGCCGUUGUGCAUUUUGAAACAAUUUGUGUUUCUAUCUUAUCAAUUAGGUUCAGCAUAUUCUAGUACUGACCGUAUCAGCGGUGUUUGCUCUCGUGAAUUUCUAAUUUCUCCUAGCCAGUACCUGUCAAAUUUCGGCCUGUCAUAGUCUGUAGUGUGUAUUAGAGAGUAAAAGUCAAAGGAAAACACGACGAGUGGUGGAGAAUUUGACACAGUGAAGGACUUUUGCCUUCAUGAAGAAACGGUGAUUAUGCAAGAGAGAUGCCAGUGAGGUUUCAACUACUUAAAGUGUCCACAGAUAGGUAGAAAGAAAGCGAGAAAGGGAUAAUAGUUUCAGCCGUACUGCGAUUGCUGAACAGCUCGGUGGACUUUGUCAGUGGUCAGUACUGAUUUAUCAGAGAGUGGAGUUCUAAGGGCGUGUGUAUACUUCGAGUGUUGCAGUUAUUGAUUGACUCGAUCCAUGAUCAUGGCGCUUUGUGGAAUCUGCAAAUGAUCGUGAACAAGGUUCGCUUAGGUGACAGGUCAUCAAAGUGACGUUUAAUUCAGUGUGACAGCAUAUAGUAGUUACUCAGGAUGUUUUCUAUAAUGAGUGACUUUGUUCUGGCAGCGUACGAAAUAAUAGUCAUGAUUUUCGGAGCGAAGUCGACGAUGCCAUUUCUGUUUCUUAUGUUCAUACUCGGCCCCUCAGACAUCGUCAACGGGCAAGGUGCUCGGAGUCUCCAACGUCAACCUUCAUUUGCUGAGCCCAUUUCGAACGUGACCGUUGCAGCUGGGAGAACGGUCACGUUGUCCUGUGUAGUCGACAAUCUGGGAACUUACAAGGUGGCAUGGAUCCACACGAGUCGCCAUAUGCUCAUAUCAAUGGAACGAGUCUUGGUAGCCACAGAUCCCCGAUUUUCUAUUAACUCAAACGGAGAGCGCACUUGGUAUUUGACCAUUUCGCCAGUUCAGGACGCCGACAAAGGCGAAUACAUGUGCCAGGUGAACACCAACCCCAUGAAGAAGAUCUUUGGCUAUCUCCAUGUCGUGGUGCCUCCCAAGAUCGACGAAGAGUUCAGCUCAAGUGAAGUGACAGUUCGUGAAGGAUCGAGCGUAGCACUUCGUUGCCGAGCUACGGGUAACCCUAAGCCAGACAUUCGCUGGAAAAGGGAUCACGACCUCAAAAUUCACACCUCACCCGAUGAUGGUGGUGUCAUGUUUUACCAUGGCGAGUAUCUAAACAUGAGUAAAGUCCUACGACAUCAGAUGGGUCCUUAUUUCUGUAUUGGAUCCAACGGGGUGCCUCCGUCGAUUUCGAAGCGAAUCAAAGUGAACGUCGCAUUCCCGCCGAUGACGUGGAUCAAGGAGCAGCUUCGCGGUGUUCCUAUUCAUGACAACGUCAAUCUGACUUGCGAAAUUGAGGCAUUUCCAAGGGGUGAAGCCUUCUGGGCCAGGGACGAUGGCGAACGUCUAGAAAGGUCUGACACGCACGAGGUCGCGAUGCUACCUCGAGGACCCGAGUACCGUUACGAUCUAGUGCUUACCAUCCAUCGAGUUCAGCCUGAGGACUACGGCUCGUACAAAUGCGUCACAAAGAAUCCUCUCGGUGAAACUGAGGCGAUGGUCAAGCUAUUUGAGACGCUGAAACCAACUCAGGCAACUACUAGAGGCACGAAGCCACCGAAAACAACUAAACGACCGCCGACAACGCCAAGAUACGAACGGCCCACGAAGCACCACAACCCGUCAAGGACGACUACAAUCGAAACGUACGAAGAGCACCCUUCGCUAAACGACAUCGGACUUUACAGUGACUCGAGUCUCGCAUGGAGGUCGUCUAUCCUGCUUACACUCGUAUCCGUGCAGCUCAUCGUCAUGUUCUGGAAACAACAACGGAUAUAAGUCGCGCAUAUAUUCAAGCACAUAACUUGUUGCCUACUCGAACCCGAUAGUGCCCGAGAGGACAAUAACGCAAAAAGAACAAACAAUAAGCGAACGCGAGAUUACCAGGGAUUUUUUUUUUCGCGAAACCUUGACAUUCCGCUUCAUUUUGCCGGGCAGUGCAAUUGAUAACUGUGGCGGUCACCGAUGGAGCGUGCCACACGUAUGUUAUGAAAUAUGGCUUUUGGAUUUAUAACUACAAAAGGGCAGGCGUGGAUGGGUUGUGUGAGCCACAUCGCGUGUCCGCGACUACUAGCGUUUGUUACUACGAAUGAGAUAACGAAAUGAAUUGUUGAGAACGGGAGCUUUCGGAAAAUAGAUAUGGGGGUACGGGAGAGGCUGGGGUGUGGAGCAUCAAUGAAAAAUGCUAAGCAUAGCGACAUACUAAAAAUUAAAGAGAGGAUAUACCGACGACGGUAACGGCGACGACGACACCGGUAACAACAAUUUAUUUUUGGUGGAUGAUCAACAUAACGUAACCGACACAUCCGGUGUAUGUGAGCGUGCGACCGACCUUAUGCAUCUUAUGCAUAACGUGCAAUGCGUGUAAUGUCCGCGAUUCUCGCUAUAUGGCAUUCAUCUGACUAGCAGCAGUACUAUUUCUACUGCUAAUACUAAUUUUAUUGUUGGUGUUGCGCUGCAAUCAUGAAACCUUAACUCGUUCCUCUCUUUUUACAAGUGCCAUAGUAGCAGUAAAGUUGCAUCUUGAACGGAUGAUGCAGAUUUCCUAUUUCCGGUAAGGUAUAGUGAUAUGACUAAUAUAUAUAUAUAUAAUAUAUAAGUAAGCGUAAACACAAGUAGAGAUCAUUUCCAAACACUGUUUUGUUAUAAAUGCACAUGCUAAAGGGAAACUGAGAGAGAAUCAGAUUGGAGACUGAUGACAAAACAGAAGCGCGACGAUGAUGCGAGGUCAAAUCCUUCAAACGAGGCUAAACCUAAGUCUCAUUAUGGGUCGACUGGUGUUAGGAAACAUUGUAUGUCGAAGAAGGCAGUCCAUCUAGACUUCUUUCAGAAUCUGUCUAGAGUCUAUUGGGAAAAAGACCCGCAAGGAGAACUGUGUAAUGGUGAUGAAUGAGAGAAUAUGGUGGCCAAGUGCGUGUAUACCGGCCGGAACAACACCGGAAACGACGGAGCUCAUUUCAAAACCGGAUGUCGAAGAACGAGAGCAAAGGGGACGAAAUAGUAGUAAAUAGGCCCUGCUCCCACUACCGCCGCUGUCAGUUGCCUGCCCACCAUCUUUUUCUUAACACUCUCUCUGUUGUGGGAGCUUUGAAGAAUGCAAUACACUCAGCCGCUUCAUCCAGUAGCUCCCGCGUGAUUCUGUUGGUCGUUAUUGUAUUGUAUUGUAUAGGCACGGCAGCAACGAGUGGUCGCUGUAAAGGCCGCCCCGCUGACAGGAUAUCGCAGCGUCCAGUGCUCCAAUGCGGCUCGCGCCCAAAAGUAGCGGAGUCAGACAACGCCACGCGACCCGAUAGAACGAAACGAAUGCCAGUAACAUGGAGCUGUCAAGUAAAUCUAACGACGAGUAUCGUUGUCCUCAUGGCGGCAGGCUGCAACGACUAUGGGCGAUGAUGAUGGCGGCAAGUAGAGGACAGGCAGAAUGACCGCCCGAAUUACUUAAAUGGGAUAGAAGAGAGCCUGAGGGGUGGGGCCUCGAAUAGAAACAUUUCUACAUGGACCCCGCCAAUCAAUCGAACUCGGACAGAACAUAGGAUUGUCAACGCUAUCGAAGAACGAUCUCGAAAGGCGAGAAUAUAUCAUCGUCUGAGUUGCAGCGUCAACAUCAACGUUAAGAAAGAUACGUAAACGUCAAGGAAGAAGAUUGUGAAUUAUUAUGUCAAUAGCCUGCUAUCCUAUUUCCUGUGACCUACCUUCCGAUACUGUUUUACAAUCGCAUCUCAGGGUUUAUAAAACGUUUCCAAGCUUUUCUGCCUGAAUAUUUCCGAUAUUUAGGGCGAUUUAUGAGCGCGGGAUCGCUGGUCACGAUACAUACAACAAAAGUUCGGAGUCGUGUCGUCUGUAUCGUCUUGUAAAUAUGAUUUUUAACUCAAAGCAGAAACUGCCCUCCCUCGGGGCAACGAGUAACGCGAAGAGAGGAUUAUAGAAUAGGCAUUGUUGUGCCCUGCUGGUUAGGUUCGAUAGGUUUGAAAAGGAUAUAGUGAAGCACAAUAGAAAAUUGUGCCUCAGUGUUUGAGUUUGAAGCUACACCUUUCAGGUCUGAGGUAGUUGAAAAUUUCAUGAGGGGGAAUCAAGCCAGCGACAGAUAUCGGUGACGAGGCCCCCUAGCUGCCUUUAUGUCUAUCUUAAAACGUGAUAGCUCGGCGGAGAGUGAUGUUGUAAAUAAAGGAGUUGUCGCCUGCUUUCAGACGACGCUGUUUAAGAUAUGGAAGUGUUUAAAUUGAGCACUGACAACUUAAGUGGGAAAGGUUGAAAAAAAACUAACGGAAGUAACAGCACUUUACAGGAAAAUGACGAAAAGCUAUAAGAGACAAACGCAACGUCAUCUCUGAGCCUAAGGACGUACUUAUUCUAGAGCAGUUGGAAAGUGGACAUGAGGCUGCCGUCGAUCCUAAGUCGAUGACACAUCAUCUACAAAUGUAAUAGUCAUUUCAACAACAAAUUUUUACAUGUACAUGACGUAUUAUCCGUUAAGGGCGCAUACUUAUACAAGCAGGCCUUUCACGUUUUUGCAGUAGGUACUCUACACUAUAUGGCCGGCAGGAUUAUUCAGACUUGCUCGAGCAUCAGUUAAACAGGCAGCACAAUUUCAAUAAAAGGCAUAAUCGCAGUAGUUAUGUGCCACAGUUUUAUGUUAUUUUUUGUGUCGACAAACAAAAAUACAGAAGACAACACGGCUCAGACUUGACGCAUGACUCAGUCAAUAUGACAACUGCUUUUUCUUCAGUGAGAGGUGGGGUGCAAACCGCAUAGGCGCACACAUAAUCGAUCACCAAACGAACCAGUAAAUAAUGCUACGCAAUGUUAACAAUUACAAGUGAUGACAUUGUUUGGACGAACAGCGAGACGGGUAAUGCUGGGAACGAAUCGACCAGACGAAAACUGCUUUACAUAUACCUGGAAAUAAAAAUAAUACUGAAUAACUAAUAAAAUCGCGUAAAUAAAUAACUAAUGUACAUUUGGCACUAAAAAUAAUCAUGCUAGUACACAAUAAAUGCUUGUAUUUAUUUAUUCAAUUUUAAGUUAGUAUCGAUAGCGAACAAGCGAGACAAUAAUAAAAACAAAUGAUAUGAAGGAUACAAACAAUGAUGCGAAGCCAGUCUCCACGGCCUUGAUUGUAACAAGCCAUCAUUGAAGAAUCUCUCGCCAAUAUA